GAGCGUUUCGCGUCAGUCCGCGAGCGGCGGCGCGCUGGCAACCUCCGCCCGCAGCACACAACUCCCCCCCUCCCGCGGCCGGCACCCGCCUUCAGGCGCAGGCGCAGUCGGCGCAGGCGGGGCCGGCGAGCGGCGCGCGCUCGCAUGGCGCUGCUGUACCGCGCCACGCGGCUCAAAGACCGCGCCGACACCCACGUGUUCACGUUUGUGGUGACGCGCUCUGCCACGCGCGAGCCCGACCGUGACGUCACCUCCAAAGACUUCUGCUGCGCGCAUCAGCGAUGGGCGGUAGCCUUCAGCCGCUCCGAUGCCUCACUAGGUGUAUUCCUAGUAUGGCGUGGCGCUUGCGACGGUAUGCGUAUAUACGUCGACUUUACCUUCACACUACUGAGUAGGGAUCACUUCACCGCCAAUGAAAGCUUCUCGGGCAAGCAGGUGCGGUUCAUCGCGGGCAACGCGGCACAUGGCCGCGGCCGUUGCGUCUCACUCGCCGAGCUCACCUCCAAGUUCGCAGACGCUCGUGGCGAGUUCCAACUCGAGCUUAGCAUGUCCAAAGUGCGCACUCUAUACUCGUGCGAGCUGCGGGCCCCGCGACUCGACACGCCGCCCAUAGCCUUCGCCGGCUUCGACUGGUCGGUGUCAGCCUCUGGCGGCAACAACAAGGACCCACUUACACUUCGACUACUCCGUCUAUCGGGCGAAGGCCAGAAGUGCCGAGUGCGCUAUGCCCUCGCUCUUGGAGAGGGAGAAAGACGGCUGCACUCCGGCCCUCUUGAAUAUGUGUGCGACGCUGAUGGCCGCACCCCUCCCUGGACCCCUCGGCCGCCUUCUCGUCUUCCGAGUAAAGGAGUGCGUCUGACAGUAGAACUGGUGUGGGCGAGAGCGCUGGCCGAGCUGGCUGUCCCAGCGGCCGGCCGCGCCGCCACGUGCUACGACCGGGACAAGCAAGCCUGGUCAAUCCGCUGUGACAUGCACUCUGAAUCUGUACGACUUCAUAUGCUUUAUAGAGAUGUGCAUCAUGUGCCGCGCAAUCACCUACGUUAUGUAAGCUGGUCUGCUUGGCUAGUGCGCGCGAACCCAGCUCCUGGAGAGCCAGAUGCCGAAGAAUUGCCAGGUGCCCCCUUCGAGCAUUACUACGCACAGGAGAGCGCGGAUGAGGGGCUCAUGAUGGAGACUUCACUUCGAGUGGAAGAUGUUUCGCGGCCGGGAUGUCCUUUUCUUCAUCCCGGCGGUGAGCUUCGGGUUCGCCUGGAAUGGGGCGACACCUACUUACUCUUCCAAGCUACUUAUCAUGUCUAUGACGAUCUCUGUCGUCUACAAGGACAUCAAAUGAGACGUGAAAUAGCCGCUUUGCAGGCUGAAAACUAUUCCCUGGAGAGGCAACUGUUCAGCUAUCAGAAGAGCCUGGCGUACGCCCAGACGCAGGUGGGCGAGCCGACCGCAACCGAUGCCGGCCGAAGGUCCCCCGCCGAGCGUUCGCUAUCAACCGAUACGGAGUACGCGUGAGGAAACAGUUCAACCAAUGGCUGCCUUCAACAACGCCACUCCACUCUUCUAUCUUUCGACUGACUCUGACAUUUUUGAGCGAUUUAUCUAUUUUUCUAGACGUUUUAUGGCGAGGUGCGCCUCGUCCGCACUGCUUCUCGCCGGUCGCCUGCACUCUCGCCGCUCGAUCUAUCGAUAGCCGAUUAUUAUACUUGACUACUUUUCUAUUUAUCUGUACAUAAAAUAUAUUUAGAUAUUAUAUAUUAUGUAUAUUUCUUAACUUGAAUCUCGAAUUCAUAUACUGCAACAGUCGAUUUAUGAAUAAAAGUCCGAUAAAUAUAUUACCUAAG